CGGUCGCCGGAACUUGCCAACGCUCAGGCGAAUGGCUUGGCCGGCGGUGAUGAUCUCGGGAUCUUGCGAUCAGAGGGAUUUUGGGAGAGGAGAUUUCCAGGAACUGGAUCAGAUUGUGGCGGUGAAGCCCUUUGUGAAACUCGCAGCAAAAGCCACUGACAUCUCUCAAAUUCCACGAUUGGUCUUCGAAGUUAUAAACAAUGCCAUAUCCGGUCGGCCUGGUGGUUGCUAUUUGGACCUCCCAUCUGACGUCUUACACCAGAAAAUAUCGGAAGCAGAUGCUACUAGGCUUUUAGCAGAGUCGCAAUUUCCAAGGAUUCAAGAAUGUAGAGUUUCAGAAAACCAAGAUAUCCAAUCAGCUGUUUCUUUGCUUAGGAAGGCAGAGAGGCCUUUGAUUGUAUUUGGAAAAGGCGCAGCAUAUGCUCGGGCAGAGAAUGCCUUAAAGAAAUUAAUCGAUAUUACGGGAAUUCCUUUUCUUCCAACUCCCAUGGGAAAAGGAUUGGUUCCGGAUACUCAUGAGCUAGCUGCAACCGCUGCUCGAUCUUUAGCUAUUGGCCAGUGUGAUGUUGCCUUAGUUGUUGGUGCACGUCUUAAUUGGUUGUUACACUUUGGUGAGCCUCCUAAAUGGUCUAAAGAUGUGAAGUUUAUAUUAGUUGAUAUAUCUAAGGAAGAGAUUGAUCUUCGGAAGCCUCACUUGGGCUUGGUAGGUGAUGCACAACAAGUUCUUGAUAUGAUCAAUGUGGAGAUUAAGGACAAUCCUUUCAGUUUUGGGAAGUCUCAUCCUUGGGUUGAGGCCAUAAGUAAGAAGGUAAAGGAUAAUGUGGCAAAGAUGGAGGCACAGUUGGCAAAGGAAGUGGUGCCUUUCAAUUUCUUUACACCAAUGAAGAUUAUAAGAGACGCAAUUCUUGCAGAAGGGAGUCCUGCUCCAGUACUGGUGUCAGAGGGUGCAAACACAAUGGAUGUUGGGAGAGCGGUAUUGAUUCAAAAUGAGCCGAGGACGAGGUUGGAUGCAGGAACUUGGGGGACUAUGGGGGUUGGUUUAGGGUACUGCGUUGCAGCUGCAGUUGCUUCACCAGGGAGAUUGGUUGUUGCGGUUGAAGGGGAUUCGGGUUUUGGGUUUAGUGCCAUGGAGGUUGAGACAUUGGUGAGAUAUCAAUUGCCUGUUAUCGUGAUCGUCUUUAAUAAUGGCGGUGUAUAUGGAGGUGAUCGAAGAAACUCCGAUGAAAUAACUGGGCCUUAUAAGGAUGACCCAGCCCCGACUUCUUUUGUUCCUGAGGCAGCAUAUCACACAAUGAUGGAAGCUUUCGGAGGCAAAGGUUAUCUCGCCAGUAACCCUCGAGAAUUAAAGUCAGCUCUUUCAGAAUCAUUCUCUGCGAAAAAACCAGCUGUGAUAAAUGUUAUUGUUGAUCCUUAUGCUGGUGCUGAGAGCGGAAGGUUGCAGCAUAAGAAUUGAUUCCGGCUACAUCCAAAUUUCAACAUACUUGGCUGCUCUAUAAUGUUGUCGGGCAAGCAGAAUAACUUUGAAAUAAGAGAGUUACUAUUUGUAUUUAAGCUGAGAAACGUUUCAUUUGGAACUGCAGUGUUUCAAGUAUAUAUGUAGUUCCAACGUUAAACAGACAUAUUUUCUCGUGUUUGCAAUGUUUAUAUUUGUUAGUAAGUUUCGAGAUACUGGUUGUAGAACACAUUGUUGAGUGGACUGCGUAACGCAGCAACACAAUGUAAUUGGAGCAGUGAGACAUGUUGGAUUUAAAUAUCAAAAGACUGUUCGGAAAAGAUUUUUUUU